AUGCUGUUGGCUGAUGAAUUUCAAAUUAAAGAAGUGCAUGAGCCAGCCAUUCAAGAACAGGUAAGCAUGUACAAAACCCUGCCUGCCGGCAAACGAGAAGAAGUCCUGUGGGAAUCUAUAGCACAGAUAGCCGGCGGGAGGAAGGUAAGUAAACCGCAUUCAAUUCUACAUCAAGGACUUGUGGAAUUUCAGCGCCGGCGUCGCACGAAAAGACAAUUUCAAACGCUUGUUGUUGCAAAGCCUUACAUCCUGGCUCCAUAUCAAUUUGCGCCUAUAUACGGUUUCACCCUCUUAGGCCCUGUGAUCCUCUCUCCAAACAUAUUUUCUCCACUUAUUCUGAAUCCUGCCGCUCUUGGACCUUGGGUGUUGUCACCAGCAAUUCCUCUUCCCUUCAUUCUUUCGCCAUAUGUAUUUUCUCCUUAUAUUUUAAAUCCUGUAGGUAUGGCUCCUUUUGUACUUACUCCCUAUGCUCUGUCCCCGAAUAUAGUCACUCCUUAUAUGCUAUCACCUGUGAUUCUCAGCCCACUUGUACUAUCCCCGGAUUUGCUAUCCCCCAUGUUGCUUGGUGGACCUAUUUUGUCGCCCAGCGUUCUUUCACCAUCAGUCAUGUCGAAAAGUUAUCUCAUGGCCAGUAUUUUGUCUCCUAGUUUGCUUUCACGAUAG